ACGCGUCCCGCGGUCCUGGCUCCGUGGGUCCGGUCGGGUCGGGCCUGGGCGCCGGAGCUGCUGUGGCUCACGCCGCGGCGGGUGCGAUGGAGGCCAUGCCGGAGCCCAGCACUCACGCCGGGGGAGGCCGAGACAGCCGGCGGUUCUAGUACAUGAGUCGACGGCGGCAGCGACGGCAGCCCGGGCUCUCCAUGAGCCAGCGGCGGCAGCGACGGGUGCGGCGGCACCGGCGGUUUUCGGUCCCGGGGGAGGAUGAAGACACUGUUUGAAGAGAUCAAAGCAUCAAUUAAAAAUAACUAUAACCAAGAUCGCUCAUUUUGGAGGCCUGUUCUUCCUUGGGGCGGUGUUUUUACUAUCAAAGCUGGCCGCAAAGCAGUAUCCUGUACACCACUCUAUGUUGAAAUAAGACUGAAAAAUACCUGCACCAUAGAUGGAUUCUUGAUGUUAUUAUAUGUCAUUCUUCAUGAAAAUGAAAAUUUUCCCAGGGAACUCUCUCUACAUUUAGGUAGAGAGUUUGUAGACUGUUUUCUUUAUUUAAUGGACACCUACAGUUUUACAACUGUGAAGCUACUUUGGAUUUGGGACAAGAUGGAAAAACAGCAAUAUAAAUCUGAAGUUCAUAAAGCUUCAUUAAUAAUUGAUUUGUUUGGGAAUGAACAUGAUAAUUUUACAAAAAAUCUCGAAAAUCUCAUGUCUACCAUACAAGAAAGUUAUUGUUCCAACUGGCGAUGCCCAACUCGAGUGCAGGAAGAUCAGCAGCGUACAAUUAAUAUAAAUCCUCCUCAAGAAAUUCCACAUGGAAACUUGAUACGACUGGCUGUGGAUGAGUUAUUCUGUUCCAGGAUUGAACUGUGUGAAGAGCGUGGGUGUGGUGGUUUAAGAGAAUUUUCCCAACGAGUUUUCUGCCAUGGGGCACCUCCUUUUGUUGUCUUAAAUAUGCAGCAUUGGAAAUCUGAAGAUCUGGCAUAUGUACCCUAUUACUUGGAUUUAUCUGAUCACAAGUAUUUGUUGGAAGGUGCCACAUUAUUUAACAAAGAGGAACAUCAUUAUUCUGCAGCUUUCCAGAUUGAUGGACAUUGGAUGCACUAUGAUGGCCUCAGAAAUGUGAAUUUAAUUUUGUUAAAUAAACCCCCAGAGUUUCUCCUCUUGUCAUCAUUGGUUUAUAUUCGAGCAACAGAGAAAUAAAUAUAGACUGAUGCUAAAUUUAAUUGUUUGCCCUCCUGCCCAUACUCCCUAAGAUGAAGGGCUUUUAUUUUUAUGUACUUGGUAUCCAAGGAAAUAGUUCAACUAUACUAGUUUCAGAGGUGUUUUUUCCAGUUUUAGCCCCAGGUAAAUGUUUUAUAUAGAGAAUCUAUGCAAAAAUGUUUGUAUUUCUUUUUUCUAUAUCCUGGGUUAUUUUUAUACAAGCAUAUUUUAUGUUGAAAUAAAAUAUACCUUUGUAUUUUUUUAUUUAUAUGUACUGCAAAGAUUUUUUGAAAAUCUGUCCUUGAAUCUAAGAAAAUACUUUGUCAUUUGAAUUCUCAGUUUUUUGGGGGUUGUUUUUUUUUUUUAAUAUCCAAAUAAAACCUGGGUACAAGUCAGUGUUUCAGUUUAUAUACAUUUCACAGUUCAAAAUGUAUCUGACUUUAUUUCUUUGCCCUACCUCACUAUAAUCCAAAGUGCACUAUUGGGUCUAGUAUGUAUUUGAAUGUACAAGUUAUAGAUGGCUUAGUCUGUUUUACCUGUUGUUUUGCCUAAUUUCCCUGAAGCAAUUUUUUAAAAAUUUUGGUGAGAAUGUUUUUCUGGGCUUGAAUAAUUUCUUUAUAAUGGCAAAUUCCUUUAACCACUUGCUGAAGUAUUAUAAACCUGACAGUGAAUUUUAAGUGUUAGAACUAAGUUUCUGAGCUUAAUUGGAGUUAUUGUUCAAAGUAAAUUAUAGAACUAAUCUAAAUAUUUAUCUCAUAAUUAAAUGUAAUGCAAUUUCUCCAAUAAAAAUAUAUUUUGCAUGUAACAUGACUAUAAAAAAAUUAGGCAACUGAUGUUUACUAAUGUUGGAUUAACAGUAGAAAUGUACUUUGAAUAUAUACUUAAGAGAGAAUGGGUUCUUGGGAAAAUUUCUUUUCCUAGUAAGUCAUAUUGGCACAGAAAAAAACCAAAUUUUUGGAGUAACAUCUCCCUUGUAAGUAAAUUGGUAACAUGAGACUUUGAUUUUCAAUAGAAAUCACUAGAAUUGUAUAGAUAUCAGAACAUUGUAUUUUUCUUCAAAGACCCUAAGAUCUCUCUCUCUCUUUUGCAGUUUAAAGGAAAAAAUUAAGUAAUAUUCUAAAGGGAAAAUACUUUUUGAAAUUUACUACAAUUUUUUAGUGUUUACAUUUCAUUAAAUUGUCCACCUUAGGUUUUGUGUUGAGAUGGAGCGCAAUAUAUUGGAGAUUACUACAUGAUAACCCAGGUCACUGCCAUAUACCAAAUUGCUAAGUUUUAAUUCAGUAAAUUAAGUCUUAACAUUGGCAUGGUGUCAUGUUAAGAGAAUUUACCGAAGAAUAGAUAAAUGUGAGUGAAAUGUUGCUGAGAAUGCCUCACUUUGAGCAAACACUAUGAAAAUCCCUUUUUUACAUAAGAUAAAAAAAAAUAGUGAUUUAUUAUUUUUUUUUAAAUCACCCCAGGAUUUAUUUAAAUAGUUCCCCUGGGUAUUUAAAUAGAAUUUGAUUUAUGGUAAACUUUUCUGGGAACACCUUAUUAUUGCAUGAAUCAAAGUAAAUAAAAACACAAAUUCUAGCAUAUACAUAAAUGGUAUCAUUAACAAAACUAUUUCUACUGCAGAUUUAUUUUUUUAGGAAUUGCACUUUAUUUAGAAUGAUGCUAGUUUAUCACAAAACAAUGACUUACCUACCUCACAGGGUUGUUGUGAGGCUUUAGAUGUUUGUUAAAAUCUUGACUACCUUGAACAUGCUAAUAAACAUAUUUUUUCUACCUCUUUCAUGUACA